AUGGAGGCCACACCAGGGAGAAAAUACCACAACACGAGAAACCACAAACAGAAUUCCAACCUUGCUAACAAUCAAAAAUCUCACAAACGCCCUAACCCAGCACCAUUUUGGAACGAAGACUGCAACCGACUUAUUCGGCUUAGAAAAGGAGCACUCCUACGACUCCAGCAGUACCCAACGAGAGACAAUUUUCUCCAAUACAAGAAAAUCGAGGCUAAGACGAGAUCUGAUAUACGCAGAAUCAAACGGGACUACUAUCGGAACUUCUGUUGUUCCCUCAACCGCUUCACUAAUCAAUCUUACAUAUGGAGGAAACUAGCUGGACUUAAGCGCGCCUGGAACACUACCCCUCAAUCGAAUGAAUACAACGUGCAGAGGAUUCACACCAUUGAAACAGCAAUAGAAACACUGUGCCCCCCUUGGGCCCCAGUACAACCGCCAUGUUUGAAAAACGACUAUGAAGACCCAUUCAUGGAUCACCCCUUUACUAAGGAAGAAUUAGAAGCAGCCAUCCUAAGUACUAACCCUAAGUCAUCCCCAGGCCUUGAUGGAAUUGACUACUUAGUCAUUCGCUCUCUCCCAGACACGGUCAAACCCCUGCUUCUAAGACUCUAUAAUGACAUCUAUUUGACUGAAUCCUUUCCAACUGAAUGGAAACAGUAUUCCAUCUUCUUCAUCCCUAAACCCGAUAAAGGAAAAGUCAGACCCAUUUCGUUGGCUGCUUGCCUUCUCAAAAUCAUGGAAAAAAUGAUCAACAUGAGAUUAAACUGGUGGUUGGAAUACAACCACCUACUACCCCCCCUACAAUUCGGUUUCCGUAAGAACAAAUCAUGCCUGGAUAAUGCCACUGUGCUUUACCUGGACAUAAUCAAUGCGUUCGACCUGAAUCGACACCUGGGUGCCGUAUUUCUUGAUAUCCAAAGUGCUUUUGACAACGUAUUGGCCGACGUCCUCAUCGAAAGACUGAAACUCACAAACCUCCCUCGCCACUUUUUAGCUUUCAUCUACAAUUUAGUUUCAGAAAGAUUCCUCUACCUCCGAUACGACAACCUGGAUGUUGUACGAACGGCGUAUCGGGGGCUACCUCAAGGUAGUGUUCUCAGCCCGAUUCUCUUUGCCCUCUACAUGACGCCCCUCAACGCGAGCAUGCAAGGCCCCUGCACCGUACUCCAGUUUGCUGAUGACAUCGCCCUCUACUAUUCUGACAAGGAUCCCAAAAUCAUUUCCACUAAGCUCACACAAGACAUUGGUACAAUGAACGUCUUUCUAGAGAACAGCGGGCUAAAACUGGCCCCCGACAAGUGUCAAUAUUGCCUCUUCAGUAAAAAUAGAACCAUAAGAGCUGCCCGCUGGGAAGUAACUAUAGGCAACGCCGCAUGCAGAUCAGUGCCAGUGGUGAAAUUUCUGGGAAUAUUAUUCGAAUCAUCGCUUAAUUGGAAACAACACCUCCUCUACAUCAGAUCCAAAUGUAUCAAACCAUUGACUAUUAUCAGCUAUUUGCGUUCAACAUGGAUAGGAGCCGACCCAUCUAUCCUACUACGCCUAUAUAUUGCGCUAGUGAGGUCUCGAAUUGAGUAUGGUUCGCAUCUUUUCACUCCGUUAAAUGCCACAGAAACCACCUCCAUGGAACGUAUACAAUGUAAAGCCCUUCGGCUAGCUAUGGGAUAUAUGGCAUCCACACCCACAAAUGUAACCCAGGCAGAAGCACGGAUUCCACCCCUGGACAUGAGAUUUAAACUACUCUGUGACAACUACAUCUCCAGAAUCUACACCCUCUCAAAUCAUCCGCUACUGGCCCGUAUAUCACAACUUGCAGACACUAGGAUGCAUCCCACCAGGAUACACACUGGACAAGAGCCCCUAAUUCUCACGUGCUACAAGGAAAUUGAACCUCUGCAUCACCUUAUUGCCCACUCCGAUAAACCCCUGAUAUACAGUUACCCCUACAAGACUUCCUUUCAUCAGGCCCGGGUCUCAUUUGCCGAGGGCCUAGCUGCCAGCUCAUCACCACAAGGGAAGGCCAUGAUCGACUCGCUGGUUAAGGAACUCGAAGGUUCCAACCGUUGUUUUUUCACAGAUGGAUCCAAAACGGAAGGUUGCCGUUUUGUAGGUUUUGCCUCCGUGACUUCUACAAACUCCACGGCGAACCUAUAUAGAACAUCCAAGUAUGCCUCAGUCUUCACAGCGGAAGCUAUGGCUAUUAUAUCGACGCUAGAAAUGAUAAAACAGAGUCCGAACACACACUUCAGUCUUUUCUCAGACUCCAAAAGUGUCUUGGAAGCCCUACGCUCUGGCUCCCCACUGAAACACUGUAGUCAUCUAAUACUUACCAUUAAAGAGCAACUCCUCAUGCUUGAAGAAAAGGGUAAAAUCGUUCACUUCUACUGGAUACCUGCCCACAUUGGAAUCACCCACAACGAACGGGCCGACAUGGCGGCAAAAGAGAGUGUUUACAAAGGCAUAGACUCCCAACUAUUAUUACCCUGGACCGACCUUAGAGCCUGUUGGAAACAGAAAAUGUUAAAGGAUUUUUACGCAUGGGGCUACUCAUCGGGAGCACACAAAGGAAAAUAUUACUUCGAUAAUUACUUCGCUGAGGUACCUUACCCCUGGUUCAACAAGAUUAAGCUCCACCGGAAGCCCAUCGUCACGCUCAACAGACUUCGAGCCGGGCACUACUGCCUGAAAACCCACCUCCAUAGACUCAACAUUGUUCCCCAUGCGAUUUGCGACUGCGGAGAAAAUAUCGAAUCUCCCAACCACAUCUUAUGGCAAUGCAAACGAUUUGAUGCGGCACGAGAAGACAUGCUCAGGAACCUGAUUAAGCGCAAUGAAUACCCCCCGUACAAGAUCGAACCCCUCCUCAGGGACAUGGACCCUGGGAUUAUUGCAUCGAUUGCUCACUACCUAACCCGCAUCGACAUCACCAUUUAA